GUGACGAUACACACGGUGGUGUGUGAAUAACACUUCACACUGGACAGCUACAACUAAGGAGAUCUUACGGAAUUUCGCCUGGGAUUUCGACGAAGAGAGUGGGUUAGGCUGGCAAAUGGAGCUGUACCAUCUCUACAUGCGAAUCCACCAUCAAGGUCUGGCGGGAGUGGAGUCUAGUGCUAACGUUAACGUUAACGUUAGCACUAGCAGAGAAUCUGCACGCCGAAAACGGGAGAUUUGCACAAUGUUGGUAGAGAGUGCUGCUAGCAAAGAUGGGGCGGGUGCAACUACCACUUCAGAGCCUGAAGAUGAUGGAGAUGGAGACAUCUCUACGAUGGACCCCGAGCCAGUAGUGGUCAAUCGUGGAUCACAGUGCAACAUAAGAUGUUUACAUCGUUCAUUGGGCAUACAGAAAGCACUGGAUGCUGAGAGGGACUGUGAAGAUCUGAAGCUAUGGAGGCCAGCUGUUAUAAACCAUCUAUACUGGACCGCAGCUUCCACCCCUACAGGAGAUCCAGAUGAGAUGCAGGCGAAAUGGCAGAGCAUGAUCAACCAUAUACAGUAUAUACAUCAACACAGCACUCCUGAAUUCCCCAGUUGCGCACAUCCACCGUUGGAAGGAGAGGCGAGAGACAAGGCGUGGCUGGAACCAGGAUCACCAGCAGCCAUUAAACUGGAGAGUGUAGCUGCCAGGAAAGCACUGGUGAAAGAUACUUCUCUUGGCAGCCCUACAUUUUAAUUGUAACGGAAACAGAGAUGUAGCUCGAACCAGUGAGGAUGAGGCACGCUACGCCGUUCGCUACCCGCGGUUUAGGAAAGGUGGCUUGGUAGUCCGCCCAAUCAAAGAGAAAUC